CAUACUCCUGGAUCGUGGUGCUAGCAAUGAUUGGCAGGCGAUCACCCCGAAAUGAUCAAGUACAGAUAGAGAUGGAACUCUGUCUAUGUAUUUGAUCAUGCAAAGGACCCAAAAAAGACUGCCAUAUACCGAAAGUGGAACAUCUUUCCUGCAUCUAUCAAUUUCGUGGUGCCCUAGGAACAUCCAGGACUGUCAGCAUUGCGCAAAAAAUCUUAUUUCUUGCAAGAUUUCCCAUCAUCAUCGUUCCACGAUCAAGUCUAUGAUCAAGCGCCACAGCAGACAGGGUUAUAUGACAUCAAAGAUAGUCACUGCUUGUCAUCAAGCGCUUUCUCCCUUAAAUCAGUAUAUAUAUAGCCCUCUCGAACGCGAUAGACAUGACCAUGAGAACGUCCCGGAGCGUCUCUUUUCUAUUCAAGCGUUUAUCCAUGUCUGCCACAAUGAUACAAGCGCCUCUAUCGCCCAGCAUCGGGCAUAUGCUCACUAAACCCAUCUUUCCACCCUCCAGCCCUUCCAGAUCAACGGAGGUAACAAGAGGGUACACGCGACUAUCAGCGAUGCCAUUGGGAGGCAACGAGCAAGCAGACUACUUUUCUGAGAGAUGUGAGUCAACGCAGGACGGAGAUACAGGCCAUAUGUCUGUCUCCGACCUCAUUUCUGCGCGGAUCCGAUGCCAACGCGCCUGCCGCCG